UCCGCCUGUAUACAUCAACAGAACCUAUAUCGGCGUCGUGGACAGUAACCUGACAGUUACAAGAAAAGAUCUCUCAGGUAGACAACACAUUUUAUCUGCCACCACGUUGAGGGGAGGUGGCAACUGCAACAAGACCCUGUCGUCUUUAACACCUUCACCUCUUAUUUCCUGUGACAGAGUACUGCUUGGUUCAUCCUCCCUGCAAAAUGGAGAAUGGUUAUGUGGUCUAAUUAAGGUCUUUUCUGGGGGUUCAUUUGAUUACAAAAACUUCAAAGGAGACAUCGUUGGCAACAAGAGAUUUACACCGCUUCCCGAAAGCAAGAUCAUCUGCUUUAGAUACGACAAUGCUGUCCCAGUUCACUGUACAACAGAUCCAAGAUUUCCAUGUUCCUCUGACAGCCCCAUGCGCCUAUCCACAAGAGCAACUAAAUACCCUAACAUCACUGUUGGUGUGUCAGGCUGGGUAGACCCCUAUCCUGAGUCUGGAAAACAGGAACAAGCCUCAGGAAUAAAGUAUUUUAGGAUGGAUAUUUAUGGUAUGAAACACCUUGGCCCUGAUACGCUGGAUGUGGACCAUGGCAACCAUGUGUUCAAAUCAAGCCAGCUGACCGGAAACAGUGUGAACAUCACAGUCUCACUCCCAUCAGAGCCUGCCAUGUAUGUUACAUAUGUGGAAGUCCACGAUGUUGCUGGAAAUGUCAGAUUUGCACGACGUUUUCUGCUGUACGAUAAUUCAUCUAAACUUGAGGUUAGGACAUCUCGAGUAUUGAGGGUCAUAUCUGCGUCAAAGGAUACUACAUAUACUUGGCAAAUUCACCAUGGGAACAUUCAGUUAGACUGGAAUGAACGUUAUCAUAAUGAUUAUUACAUAAACAAUAACUAUUUUUGCCAAGUGAAAGAAGACACAGGCAAUGGUAUAUCAGGUGUAUAUGAUCAAGUAACGGGCAUUUUACCUGUCACCGGUACUGUGAGUACCAAUGGCAUCACAAGUUUCAAGUACAAAUGGAGUCUCAACAAUGGUUCAAAAACGUCAUGGGAAUCAGUUCCAGAUUUUACCAACCAAUCUCUGAGCCUUGGUCUGAAUCUAACGGAUGGUGAAUCAUAUGAAAUCUGGAUUGAAGCCCAGGACAUAAUGAUGAACACCAUUGUGGAGUCAGUAGUUGUGCACAUAGACAGGAGUGUGGCUGACAUCGCUGAUACCUGGCUAGUUAGAGAUGGAACGAGUCAGGUAUAUGUUCACAACAACACCGAUCUCUCUACGAUGGUUCUUCAGUUUCGAGCUUGGGAUGUCCACAGUGGGAUCACAUCUGUGUUGUGGGCGCUUGGAACAACUGAUGCGGCCUCAGAUCUCGGAAACGGUGCACUUCCUGUCCGGAAAGUCGAUGCUCUGGUUAGGUGUCCACGAGGGCCGGAUUGUUACUGUCCAUCUGUUGGGCCCUGUGAAUUCCAGAACUAUACACUGGACCUUGGCAAGACUUUUCUUAAAGCCAAUAACACGAACACGGGUCAACACAACAGAGAGUAUUACUUCACCCUCUUCAUAACUAAUGGGGCCAUGCUGAAGAGCUUUGCUCACCUGGAUGUGCUGGUUGAUGAGUCUCCUCCUGUAGUUGGCAUCGUUCAAGAAGGGAGCAUCGAUGGUCCAGACAUAGAUUACACCAGUGAAGGGCAUGUACUGAUCAGCUGGCGAGGUUUUAUUGACCAUGAGAGUGGUAUCCGAUAUUACAUCGUAGGCUUAGCAGACAAGUGUCUUAGUAUUGAUGAACUGAAGCAAGAAAACACCAGCCAUGUCAUCAUUCGAAAGGCAACAGCAGAAAGUUUAUCACUAGUUUUCCCUAAAGAAGGUAGAUACUUUACUUCACUUGUUGCUGUCAACAAUGCUUUAGAGCCUUCUGAUGUUAUCUGCUCAGAUGGUAUUACAUUUGAUCUCUCCCCACCAAUCAUUGAAAACAUUAACCUCCACCAGGCAUCUGCUUUAUCUAGUCUCCAAUGCGUAUUUGAUCAACCAUGGCUAAUCAACUCUAAUAUGACAAUGGCUAGGCUUCCAAUGGUGUCGGUGUGUCAGGAAAGAUGUCUUAACAACCCAGACAUGAAUCUGCGUUUUCCCAUGGUAUAUAGAAGUUACAUAGACAACGAGACAGCUGAUAGCCUGUGUAGGAAUCUACCGUAUCUGAAUGAGACUGUAAUUUAUGUGCCGUUUCACAAAAUUGUUCUGAACUGGAGUCUUAUUGAAAUCGAAAGCCAAAUUCGCGAUUCCUUCGUAGGGUUUGGGUAUGACGCGUCAACAUACAACAAGCCAGACCUAGCCAGUUAUAGACCUACCCAUAGGAAGACAAGUUUUCACAGUCAUGAAACUGGUUUUGAUGGUAGGACAGAGUUUUACAUAUUCAUCAAGACAGAAAACAAGGCUGGCGUCUCAUCAGUGGCAACCCUUGGUCCUGUGAUGAUAGAUGACACUCCCCCAGACGUUCACGGGACACUAGUUCCAGAGAUAGUUGGAGAUCACAUCAGAGUCACCUGGACCAAUCACACAUUCUCAGACCCUGAAGAAGUACAUCAGCAGUUCACUGUUACAUACCGGGCGGUAAUGGACGAAGACUAUGUUACACCAAUACUGCAGACUCCUUCUGGGGCAAGUGAGGUGUGUAAAGCUGAGGGACAUGCUGGCUGCAUCCAGUAUCCAAUGGUCCUUCUGCAGCGUCAGGACUCAGAACUUGGAAAACGAUGUCUCUUUGAGUUGUAUGUUUACAAUUCAGCAGGCCACUUCACUACUGUAAGAACAGAGUCGAUCCGUCUUCCGUCACUAUUCCCUCCUGGUCCAGCUCUGGUCGUGGAUGUAGAUCCUUCAGAUGUAAACUCCUUGACAGACGUGGACUUCCACCAGCAGUAUUCAGCUUGUGCCCGCUGGUCUGGAUUCAAACAUCACAGAAACGUUACUUUUGAGAUAGGCAUCGGGUCAGCAGCGGGUAUGGAUGACGUAGCAACGUUUACCGGUGUCACUGGGACGGAUAUACAAACAGCUUGUAUCAAGUCACCAGCUCUCUCGACGUUUAUCAAGUACUUUACAUCUAUUCGGGCGAAGUGUUCGGGUGGAGAGACUGUUUCGUCGUCAGAUGGAUUUAUGAUUGUGGCAGAUACCUCCAGAUGCCUGAUCCUUCCAAUCCACUCCUACCAAAAACUGUUCACAUGUGUACGAGUCUUCUGUCCAUCUGGGCAAUUUGGUUCCAAAUGUGCCGAGCUGACAUUGAAUCCAUACGCUACGUCGUAUAGUAAGCAUGCACUGUUUGAGCUGCCUGCAGAUGACAAGCGACUGGCCAAUAUUGAAGAUAUUCUCCACAGUGAACGACUUGGCACAAGACUAAAACUGCUACAUGAGCUGGAUGUUGACUUCAUCAACAGCAGCAGUAGAGUGAGUGCUGUCAUCACCAAUACAGCUGGCCGCAACGUCACAUGGUUCAUCAUGAGGGGAAUCCAACAGGUAUUUCACCAUUUUGGAAAUGGAUUUGUGGUGGACAAGACUCCCCCUGUUGGAGGUUCCGUCAGUGUAACUAACGCAGUAUCUGGCUACAUCACCGAUCCCUCAAGGAUGGUCAUUACAUGGUCCGGGUUCUCUGACAAGCAGCCACAUGGAGUUACAUAUGCCCACGCAAUCAAGUCAUACUCCAUUGCUAUCGCUGAAGAUCAUGUUGGUCAUACGACAAAGAGUAUUUCUCCUGAAGUAGUAGGCGAUCUUACCCCACCUGUCUGCGGUGAGAUUCAGGUUGAAGGACUGUACCCGCACAAGAAGGUUUUGAGGACAAAGACACUUCGCAUCCAGUGGAGAGAUAUCCUCGACCCCGAAAGUGGCAUCGAGUCCUACCAUCUGAAUAUUUUCACAUCCGUCAACAUAGGAGCGCCACCUCUACGUUUUGGAACAGGAACAAAAUCUACAAUUUUUGUCAUUAAUGAUACAUUUAUUGAAGGGCAUGCCUAUGAAAUCAGAAUUCAGGCCACCAACAACGCCCAGCUUCGGUCUCUGUGCAUAGCCAAGUCAUUCACCAUUGACAACUCCCAACCAUAUGCUGGUAUUGUUCGAGAUGGUUAUGUUGGAAAUCAUAACUGGACACAUGCCUUCAUCCCUGGAGUGAAGUAUUACAGCACAGUCGAGGCGUGUAACAAUGCAGGGCUCUGUGUCACUACAUCUUCAGAUGGUGUCGUUAUGGAUGGAUCCGCUCCUGCAGCUGGUGUUGUUACUGUUGGUCACACUGACACUCAUAACAAAUACCACGGUCACAGAUCAUAUGUCCACAGUAAAUGGGUUGGUUUCGAGGAUGCUGAGACAGGAAUCCACCAUUUUGAGUGCUGUAUUGGGCAGAGAUCGGGUUCUUGUGACAUAAUGAAUUUCACCAACACUGCCCUCUCCGAUUCUUACUUGGCAAGUGGGCUGCACCUACCACUCUCUGUUUCUCUGUUUGUGACAGUACGAGCAUACAACCCUGUAGGUCUGUUUGUCGAAGCUGUCUCCCCCAGUUUUGAAGUUGAUGACACUGCACCAGUAGUCGUCGAUAGACCAGUGUUCAUAUCAACAUUACCAGAUGGUCCCGAAAACAUCCCCAUACAGUGGGAUAACAGUGUCCUGUAUUCACGGUGGAAGUUUGUUGAUAAUGGGAGUCCAAUACAUGAGCACAUACUUAGCUUUAAAACUCACCACGAGUCAGCCGUAGCAGUAGAACAGAUUACCUUAGGACCACAGAACUCGUACUUACUGAUUCUGCCGAAGGAAAAGCGACUUAGGAAUGGAGACAAAUACCAACUGUCGGUGACUUCCUGCAACCGUGCAGGCUUGUGUACAACGUCACACAGCAACAACAUUCUGAUUGAUUCUACUUCUCCAAUAAUGCAGAAUCAAACAUUUCCCUGCUAUCAUUUAAAUGUUGGAACGUCGUAUGAAGGUGGCGAACUAACAAAUGGUACGGUUACAGUCAAGCAUGACCCAUCUGUGAAGGAUCAGUCAAGCACAAUACAGCUAACACAGUUACUUGGUGGAGGGGAAAUCAUUUUAUCUAUUUGGGCUGAGAAUGAUGCACAUCUUCUGAGUCCUGUUGGUAAAGUUACCGUCUCAGUUGUAGCAACCGAUCACAAGAGGAGACGCGAGGGAACACUGGAACUACAGCGUCACUCCUGUGACACUCACUACUGUACUGAUGACUGUACAUGUGCAGUGGUUGGGCGGAAGUGUAAUCCACCUUCCACACCCGUUACAUGUCGUGAUAUGUCAAAUGUCACCUCACACAGGCUUGUGGAUGUCCAGAUAUAUCCAAGAGCCCAUAACCAGUCGGGCCUGUACAUUACGCCUUCUCUGUCUUGUAUUGCCGGGUAUUGGGAGAUGGAUACAACAUACGACAUUCAGCGAUAUGAGUGGAGCAUGGGGCUGCUUAACGAGCCUUUUGGAGCUGGAAUAUUUAAGACUAGUGAAGAAAGUUUCUGGUAUGAUGUAGGAAAGAGGACUGAGAUAGUCCACUGUCUGCCAUAUGGCCGAGCCCCUAGAACACGGAGACGACUUCUAUGUUAUCUACAUCAGAGCUUGGUCUCAGACCUUGUUGCCAUAUCAGAGUGCAGGACUGACUACAAACAUCUCCCUCUACCAGUGGUAAAUAUGACUCAUGGCACCAAGUAUUAUGUUGGCAUUCGCGCCAUCAACUCCUUGAACAUGUCCGCCACUGUCAUCUCAGAUGGAUUUGUGAUGAUGCAGACAUUCCAGUUGGUGGAAAUGUGUUCAACACUGAACAUCAAUCAAAGUAGAUUAACUGAGUCUGAUAACACAUCCUUCGAAAAGUCUCAUGGCACGGAUUCCAGGAUCACCACUCCAGUGUGA